ACACUGCAUCGACAGUUCCCCUAUCCCUCUAAAUGAGUUGACACAUAUUGGUUUAGAUGCAUGCAUUGAUAAGAAGAGCAACAAGUUUGCUUCUUCAGUCGGCUGUAGACACCAGACAGAAAUGAUUACGGGACUUAUCAUUGUUCUGCACCUGACAUUGCUGAUCAUCGGGGUGCAUGGGCAGCAUGGGACGAUUUUCUGUAAGACAUGUCACUCGGUGGAUGACCCGGCCAAAUGUCACGCGAUCGAGUCAUGCAGAGGAGGGUACUGUGCGAUGGAAGUCCACCAACUGAAUGGUGUCCGCACAUACACAUUUUCCUGCAAAGACCACCACAGCUGUGAACACCACCUAUUCGGCAAGAGGGGACCGCUACAUCACGAAGAAGGCAUCCUAGAAUGCAAGCAGUGCUGUCUUUCAACGGGCUGCGAAAAGCAUUUGUGUCAUGACUAUCUCCCUGCAACGACACAUCGCCCGACCACGACACAUUUCCCGACCACGACACAUCGCCCGACCACGACACAUCGCCCGACCACGACACAUCGCCCGACCACGACACAUCGCCCGACCACGGCACAUUUCCAUAUCCAGACACAUCUCCCGGCCAGUACACAUCUCCCGGCCACGACACAUUUCCCGGCCACUACACAUCACCCGGUCACGACACAUCUCCCGGCCACUACACAUCUCCCGGCCACGACACAUCUCCCGACCACGACAUAUAUCCCGACCACGACACACGAACCAACCACUACCACUAACCAUGCAAGCACGUGUGUGAAUCUAGAGAGUACUGACUUCCGUUGUGCCGAUCUCGAUGAGUUCCACUUUUGUUCUAAUGUGAACUCCGCCAUGCACUCCAUCGCGAAGGAAAAGUGCUCGCUUCACUGCGGCUUCUGUGGUUUAAAUGGCGUUGUUACUUCGGCUACCACGAAAACCCAUCUACCAACGGAUAUUGCGACAGCGUCCACAAAAGAAACUUCGACGCUCGGCAACGUUGACAUUACCGUCAACAUGGGGACCGCCUUUACCCUUGGUGUAGACAGCACUGGUUCAGGUGCCUGUGAAGACAUAGAGGAUAGCCAUUUCCAGUGUAGCUACUGGAAGGCUCUUGGAUACUGCGCACCGGAAACCGUGCCUGGAUACCAGGUUUCCCUACUGCAGUGCAGGAAAACGUGCGACCUUUGUGAUGUGUGAUGACCUUAUAGAUUGCACAACGCUACGAAGAAUAUAACAAGUUGCAGAUCCAAUGAACAGUUGUAUGUAGCAAAAUAAAAAUCUUUAAUUUCAA